UGGCGUGCACGGAUCACUGAGCACAUCAGACAAGUUGCUACUUUUCCUCCAGGCCUCUCACGAGCCUGGCCUCGGGGCAGGCUGGGUCUCCGCCGCAGCCACGGUCCUGGCCCCGCGUGUGGCCGGCGUCGCGAAGCUCCCAGGGGCACAGUCACGCACGUGGGCGCGUGGCAGGAAAGGCUUGGGGGCCGCCCGGAGACAGUGAUGGUGUUUGUGAAGCAGCGCCCCUCAGGAGACCCCAGGUACGUCAGAUCAGGGCAGACGGGGCCAGGUUUCGCCCACCGUGUCCCGCAGCCUCAGCGCGGGGACCUCCACCCCGCGCGGAAGCGCUGGCGACCGCAGGGCGGUGGAGAGGCGUACGUGACACCGCCGUCGCCCCGCCCCCCGGCGCGCGCGGCCCCGCCCCUCCCCCGCCCGCGCGCGCUCCGCCGUUCCCCGCCCCUUCGCCUCUGGGGCUGUCCCGGCCGCUGCCUGAUUCGGGGCCCGCAGCUUUGCGUUCUCCCGGCCGCUGCCGAAGCAGGGAGGUGGCCCGCCUCGGGGGCGAAGGCGCCCUCGGCCCGCGUGGCCUCUUCGGAGCAGGUUGGAGGGGGCCGCGGGCGGCCUUGUGAGCGCAGGCGCGGCGGGCAGCCCCGAGGGCCGCGGCGGGGUCCUGGCUGGGGGAGGACGGGGUUGCGGCGGGCGGAACGGUGUCUCCUUCACUUCGCCCUCCAGGAGCUGCAGCCGCAGCCCGAGCCCGAGUGAGCCGAGCGGCGGCGGCGG